UUCAAUAUGACAGAGGUAAACUGCGAUCUGAUUUCACUAGCACAGAAAAUCAACUCAUGUUUGAGUUUAAAACAUUUUAAUCCGUUGUGUUUUACAACAAACAGUCUGCUUGUCAUGAAGGAAAUUAAUGAAAUAAUUUCCAGAGUGAAGGAGCCCGAUAAAUUACUGAUGGAGAUUCCCAAUGUGUUUACAUUGUGUGACGCUUUGGUUGAGAAUCCCAGUUGUUGUGACCAAUCCAGGGAGUCAAUGUCGUCUGUUCUAUCCAAGUUUUUGUUUCGAUGUUUGAAAUCUUUUGAUAAAACCAACAAGGAACACAAAGAAAAACACGAAUGGGCCAUGAAAGAUAUCAGGAAAUUGCUGUUACCUCUAAACGUUUAUACUAUUAGUCAGAUUGGAGUCAAUAGGAUAACAGUGGAGCGGAUCCAUUUGGAACAGAUAUCAAGAAUAGUUUGUCAAAAAACCAAAGAGCUGAGUGAAAGAAACAUCCCAGAAAGAGAGAGUGAACUGGAGCGGUGUGAAGAUAUUGUACAGAAUUUGAUAGAUUUGUGUGAUCUGUCAGAAAUACGAGCAUGGGAAUCAACGAUAAAGUCAAUAGGGGAAUUCCCGACAGAACUCCGGUUACGCCUCUGUUCACGUAUCUCCGAGAAAUUGACAAGGUGUUCCAAGGAGACAGAGGAAGAAUUGUCCUUUACUAUCACAGAAUGGAUGUACUUGGUGUGCAGACCGCUCGUGGAGAGAGAUUUAUUACAGCUAGUCAGCGACUGUAGCCAUCUUGUUUUGCCCUCAUCAUUCCUGAACAAAUUACAAAACUCAAAUUUGGUACGAGUUUGCUGUAGAAACACAACCUUAUUGCAUGUGUGUACAGAAAUGCUGAACAGUCUACUGUUGAGAGCAUGGAGCAGUGGAGUUCUAAAACUUUUCGUCAACUCUUUCUGUAAAUGUACACAAAGAAAGGAAAACAAUACUAGUAUAUUGGAGCAGGGUUUGGCAAUUCCCACAAACCUGUAUGGUGAAUCUGUACACCCACUGUUGAAGCAUCUGCAAGGAUUCUUGAUUGCAAGGGAAGAGACGAUGAAAGCGGUGCACGUCAAGGCAAUUUCCCUCGAGCUUCAGAAACUUGAGGAAAAUGGAACUGCCAUUCAGAAAGAGAGAAUGUGUCUAUUGCUGGUCCACCACCUGGACGUGUGCAGUAGAGUCAUCAAGUUCUGUCUGACGUGUGAUAAAGCGCUGAUAACUGACUGUAUAGAAAUAAUAUCAGUGUACUCGAGCUUAGAAGAGGCAAAGCAAAACCAUGUAAAGACAGCAUUUCCAAAAGUGAUAGAAUGUCUGCGUGGUUUAUUGCAUAAAGUAUCUUUAGGGAUCAUGGACAUAAGAUGUGCUGUGAUGGACGCAUCAGAUGUGAUCCACGGGGCUUUGCUAGGACAGCUUCUUAUUAUAUUCAUGUUAAAGGCUGAACAAGGAUUGAGACAUGCACUGGACAUAUUACAAAUGGCAGUUGGAAGCAACCUGGCUCAACAUCAGUUGAAAGCAUUGUUAACAGUCCAUGACAGUUUGAACAUACAGAUUGAUAGAUGGUCUGCAAGCAAACAAAACCAAUACCGAAUCCUACUGAACAGUUUGAGUCGUGGCAAUGAAACAACUGAACUACGUAGCAAUGAACUGAGCGCUGCAGUUAAUUACAUUGUUGAAAAGAUGUCAUAAUAAAGUCUAUAGAGAAUCCGGAACUGAUAGUACGUGGAGCAUUUUCUCUUUUUAAAAAAAUUGACAAUACAGAGUCAACACAAACAGUAUACAUAUAAAUAAAACAUAACACACCUCUUAUCAGCCUGUAAUGUAUAUUAUGUGUUUGAUCAAUAAUUAAGUAUCAGUCUUCAUAAACUAGUAGUUUCAAUAAUAAUGCAGCAUAUGAAAUGAUCAAAGAGAAAAAUACAUAGGUAAUCACAGAUUACACGGUACAAAGCUUGCCGAGCUUCAACCUGCUCAAAAACCUUAACCUCCCCUAGCAUCUAAAAUUCAGGAUUCAGAUUCAGCAUCCAAGUCUUUCAAGUCCUUAAGUAGGUCCAGAUGCAUCAUCCAUGCAAGUUCGGUGAAGAUAGGACAAGUAAUAACUUAGAUACUGGACCUGCAACAAAAACUUUAACCAGGUCCCGACGCUGGGGGUAUAGCAUUAGCCCCCCCCCCCUGACUUCGUCUCAUCGAGCUAAAAAGCCAUCUACUGCUUAUGUAUAUACUGUUGUGAAGGCCAAAAAGCCCAAAAUAUUCCAAGUUUGCUGGAUUGGACUAAGUAUAUCAUACACAUAUGUUAUGGUAAUAAU